AGCUAGUAAUCACAGCCACAAAGUCAAAAUGGGCUAUAUCAUAAACAUUCAUGAAAACAAACAUUUGCUUUUUGGUCUUAAUUUAAUGCUAGGGCUAUGCAUACGGUUAGCUAAGUUGUAAAGUUUAAGGUUAAGGUUUAAGAUUUUAAGAAGAUCAAUUGUAGAAAUAGGCGGGGUUUAGUCAUAGUUAUGACUUUGUGGUUGUGGUAACAAAGGACGAACCCGUCUUUUCGCCUCAGCUUUCAAGGUAGAGAGACUGGCACCGUGUACAUCAAGCAAUUCGGUGAUAUCACUGAGAGGUCACAGUUUUACAGCUCUCUGCAAUUAUAUAGUGAACACAGCUGGUGGACAUUGAACCAAGGUGGUCUCAUAGUAAACUCAAGGAUGUCUGGAGAUCUGUCCCUGGACAUUAACAUCAAGGAGCCGCGAUGGGACCAGAGCACAUUCAUGGGCCGCGCCCAGCACUUCUUUUUCGUCACCGACCCCAGGAACAUCCUCAAGUCCUCUAAGACACUGGAGGACGCACGGGUCACUGUGGAGAACUACAGGUUAGGAGUGGUGAGGCCAGGUCUGACAGAAGAUGAGCUGUGGAGAGCCAAGUACAUCUAUGACUCUGCCUUCCACCCUGACACCGGAGAGAAGAUGGUGGUGGUGGGACGCAUGUCUGCCCAGGUCCCCAUGAACAUGACCAUCACCGGCUGUAUGCUCACAUUCUACAGGACGACUCCAGCGGUGGUGUUCUGGCAGUGGGUGAACCAGUCCUUCAACGCUGUGGUCAACUACACCAACCGCAGUGGAGACGCUGCCCUCACCACCAAUCAGCUGGCUGCAGCGUACGUCAGUGCGACCACCGGAGCCGUAGUCACAGCCCUGGGACUCAAGUCUCUAGCCAAGCGCCUUCCAGCCGUCAUGAGCCGGUUCGUCCCCUUCUUUGCUGUAGCUGCUGCCAACUGUAUCAACAUCCCCUUCAUGAGGCAGAGGGAGUUGAAGUACGGCAUCCCAGUGACCGAUGAAAAUGGAAACCGGUUAGGGGAGUCAGUCACCGCUGCCAAGUCGGGCAUCAUUCAGGUGGUGGUGUCCAGGAUUGGCAUGGCCGUGCCAGCUAUGGCUAUCCCCCCUGUGAUCAUGAACGCCCUGGAGAAGAAAGCCUUUAUGAAGCGGUUCCCAGUCCUAAAUGCUCCAGUACAGGUGGGACUGGUGGGUCUGUGUCUGGUGUUUGCUACUCCUCUGUGCUGCGCCCUGUUCCCACAGAAGAGUUCUAUGACUGUGAGCAGCCUGGAGCCAGAUCUGCAGGAGAGGAUACGACAGAACAGUCCCCACACUACUACCGUCUUUUUCAACAAAGGCCUGUAGGACCACACACACACACCGACCAGCCCCCUCUGCUGGCUGAACCCUGCUAGUACAGCUCAGCGGGCAAAGAGAAUAUUAUAUUUAUGCUUAUUUUUGUAUUUACCUGUUUGUUUACUAUAAUGUUUGUUAAAGGCUUUAGGAUUUGAUAAUGGUGAGGGGUGUGUCUGAAAGGAUUGAAUAAGGGGGAGCCUACCUGUCAGGCUUUUGUCAUCAUUGUAGAUGAAGGAAAGGAGACGAGGAAGCCACUUCAGAGUAAUGAGAUGCACCUGAGGUGAGAGUAGCGUGACAGCCAAACAGACUAUGGUUUAAUUUGGGUUUAGUCUGGUGUAUUUAUCCUUCCUGGGGUUGUGGAUGUUUAGUUACUGGCUGCUGUGAAUGUCACAGAAUGACAAAAUUUACUUCCAUCACCACUAACUACAUACAUGUCACCUCUUGUAUUUGACCCCAGAGUUUUUUUUGUUAUUUUUUCCUCCCCAAAGUGUGUUUUGUUAUUUAUUGCCCUUGUGUUUGAGAUCGUACCCUUUUGAGCUGUGUGCACUGAAACCCAUUCAUGACUUAAAAUGAGAAAAUAGUCAAAUGUAAUCUGCUAGAAAUCCACUCCCUCAAAUUGCCUUAACUGUAGUCUAGUACAGGUAGUGAAGGAUAACAGUUGGUUUAUGAGCACAUUAGACUGACAUGCUAAUGAAUUGCUUUUUGGGUCUACCAGGGUUUUGUUUUCUGUUGCAAAAUGUUUUGCUCCAGUGAGUGUGCCCCAAUGAACAGGACGAGCACAGUUUCUAUCUCCCUUGGAAGUGUACUUGCACACACCCUGUCCCACCUCAAUCGCUCUCAGCCUAGUGUACUUGCACACACCCUGUCCCACCUCAACCGCUCUCAGCCUAGUGCACUGGGAACCCUGUGUGUUUGUGUUAUCAAGAAAACCUUUAGAGGUGCAAUGACACUGCAUGAGCAUUCCUAAAUUAGAUUUCAGUAAGCACAUCCCCAAUAGCACUGAUGACAAUGAUAAGGCAGAAUAAAGGUUUCUAUAGGACAGGAUCAAAGGCUUAAUGUUUAAGCCUCAUCAAGGCCUCUCUUGAUUUGGAAACACUAUGGAUGAAUGUGGAUCGUGUCUGUGCAGUUUCAACGGAACUCAUGAAUGAUUGCUGGUGAAAUUUGUGCCGUGUAUCACUAUUGCCAUUGAAGGGGAAUGUACUGUAUUGUCUAAAUGUUAAAGGAAUUGUAUCUAUGUUUUGUCCUAACCACCCUGCCACAGGCCUCCUGUCAGUUUGUGACACUUAUUGUCUCUUUAGUCAUUUGUCUGUUACAGAGAAGAGUUAACUUGCAGUGGUGACCUAGAUGUGUGGUGGGGCCAACUUCUGCAAUAAGAGGCAAGGGCAUAAAUAUGAAUCCCAGUCUGUUAGCUUUAGAUGAAUUGUGUUGUGGUGAUGUGUACCAAAUAUAGUUUUAUUGUCAUAAAACAAAGUUGUGAGAACCAGGGGUCUUAAACUACAGGCCCGCUGACCAAAUGUGUCUCCCAAGCUGAUUUAAUGUGGCCUGUGGUUGUCUUUAGUAAAUGCAGCCCAUGGUCAUGAAGGGAUACAGUGAGAUUCUGGCAUUUUCCACUUGCCCAGAUUCUGAUUAACUCGUGGUAUGUCUCUACAUGCAGUGUGAAGGAAGUUAGAUAUUUCUGCGGGCCAAGGCUAACUAGUGUUAGCACAAUGAUUGGUAGUCUACAUGUACGCUAGCAUUGCUAGAAUCUGUCAGUAUCCCUUUAACCUUGUGUAAAAGGAAAUCAUUGAUUAGAUUGUAGGACAGUUGGAAGAAAUGCUUGGAUCUUUAAUUCCUGUGUGGAAAAUCUGGGCUUAGUUAGAGCAUUCCUGAUCAAACCUGGGCUAUAAUACAGUAUAUUAAUGUUGUUGAAUAUCCAGCUAGAUGUCAAGUGUAGUAAUAUGGUUGUUUAGUAGUCUAGACAAUUUCAUAGUACCGUAUCAACUGAGUAAAUUUGGUGGAAAUAUAGUAUGUACAACGGGUAUAUUUUUGCGGGAUUAAGAUGACGUAACAGAGGAUAUAUUUAACAAAUAAAUGGUGGUGAGGUAUUAGAUUUAACUUCAGGGUGCACUGUUCCAUUUCUCCACCAGGUGGCAACAUUUAUUCAGCUAGAAGUUAGAACAACUAUUACACAUUUUCAGUGUGUUUGUGUCAGAGAGUGAAUAUAGUUGUCAAAACCACCAUUCAAUAUUGUCCCGGCUGACUUUAAUAUGGCUUCGCCAUGUUGGUCCCAGAUCUGUUUGUGCGGUCUUGCCAGGCUAUAGGUCACCUUUUCCUCAGUCAGUAUUGCAUGUCUACCAAACCACUCUAGUUGGUAGUUCCCUCUGAAUGAAAUCAGUGGAUAUUUAUGCAAUGAAGACAUGAAUCUCCUCCUCAGACUGAUAUGAAACUUUUGUUUUUUUUGUAAUGUAUCCACAUAGCCUGGUCCCAGUUCUGUGGUCUUGUUUAGGGUGACUGGCCAUAGGAUUUGGAUAUCACAGAUAUGGAACCAGGCUGGGCUCCUCAUACAUUUUAUUGCAAAUGUAUGUCUAUAGACGAUCAGAUGCACUGCAGCACAGUGUUAUGGCCAUACAGUAAACACUAUUACAUUAUACCAUGGCUUUCAACUGUAAAUACCAGGGUUGGAGUCAGUUCCUUCUCAAUCGACUGAAUUGAAAUGGACUUAACCCCAAUUCCAGUAGAUACUGGUUCAUCUGUACUGUACCUACGCACACAUAGUAAAUGGUUAUUCCACUAGUCACAAUAUUUGUGUGUCCAUAAUUGAAUAAAAUACCAUAUUUCAUGAGCAAGUUGGCACCAUUGCGCAUCUUGGAGUCUGGCCUGGAAUUGGGUGCUGUGUAAUAACCAAUGUAAAGGGUGGGGGUACCACCUUUCUUUAAAAAAAAAAAACAUGUAUUGGAAAUGUUUGUACUGUUUCUAUAAUGUGUAUGAUAUAAACCAAGUCACAAUUUACUAUGAUCUUAAAGUUAUCCAGCAGUAGCUAGCUUUAUUUUAUCAUCGUCAUUUAGUUGUUUUCUGAUCCUUUUGGUGGGGAGGGCAAGGAAAUGUGACUAGAACAAAUGAACCUAUAGCCCAGCCUUUUUAUGUGCUGACAGAAACAUGCAAGGCUUGGAAUUGAAGAAGUAGAAAAAGCAGUGGUCUUUAGCGUUUGUCAUCGGCUUCAGCUUUAUAUGACGAUCCUCUAUCAAGAUAUUUUCAUGCAAUAACUUUCAUAUGAAAUAUCUCUAGGUUAGUUUAGGCAUGUCAUUGUGUUUAUAUAUAUUAAAUAUCUCUAGGUUAGCUUAGGCAUGUCAUUGUGUUUAUAUAUAUUAAAUAUCUCUAGGUUAGCUUAGGCAUGUCAUUGAAUUUGGUCUUGGCAGCACAUUAAAGGCACAACACUGAAGACAAUCUAUGAUGUCGCUACACUCCAUGAAUGUUUUCAUGUUAAUGUGUGUCCAUGUCCAGUACCCAUGUAGUUGUCAGUAUUGGUGCUCACUACUUGUUUUUCCCCUCCAUUUUGAGUUGGAAUAUGUUCUGUCACACCUGGACUAUGUAAGACAUUUACUAAGCUAUAGAAUAAAGUGAUUGAAAUGU